GCUUUGUGCAACCGUGUUGCUCUUGAGAUGCAUAUAAGAUGAGCACCUACAUACAUGUAUGUAAUGGAUGGAAGUUGGGGUAGAACGGGACCUCCGAGGUCGAGGCUUGCCCAGUUGGCUCAUUUCAUCCAUCUUGAUUGGGUACAUCGGAUUUCUUGUCUUGGACAGCUCACCUUGUUUGCUUCACCAACAUGAUUACCAUGCGUGGAAUAUCUUACUAUCACGGCCCUGCCCAAUCGCGCACAGUAAGCGGCUUGCAGCAGGCAGGCGUCAUGCUGUGUGCCGUUCACAUGAGCAUCAACAUUCUUAGUAUGUGACUUGAAGAGGUUGUGUGAGUAUCCGUCACCAACCAAGCUGCCGAGCCCAGCGCUCCUGCAAUGGUGGGGAUGAGUAGUACCUAUAAACCCCCAUCAUGACGUGACCAGUUACUGUUCUGCCAUGAUAGUAAUCCUCCGUUAGGCAUCUCCGUUCUUCCAAUUUGUG